AUGGCGGAGCUGCGGCACUCGACGGCGGCGCGCGCGUCCAACUCUCCCGCCAAGCGCGACUCCGACGCCUCCGCCGCGUCGUCCCCGUUCCUCGCCUCCCCAUCCGCCCACCGCUCGUCCCCUCUCCUCCCGCACCAACACCACAACCACAAGCGCGUCCACCUGCUGACGUCCCCGUUCCGCUCCCUCCUCGCCCUCGAGGACCCCAGGUCCCCCGCCGCCUCGUCCUCCUACCGGAUCCUGCUCGCCCUCCUCGCGCUCCUCCUCGCCGCUGGGAUCUUCUGCGCACCCUUGCUUUGGUUCCGCCUCAACACGCCUUACUUGUGCCACAAGGAGGGGAUCACGCUUCAUUGCCCUGAGACGAAGGAACCCCUCUCGCUAUGGGAGAAUCCACGUGCAGCCACUACAUCUUGGAAGCCCUGUGCAGAGCGACGCAGUGAUGAGCCCUCAGAUGUCCCAUCUGAGAAAGAAACCUCUGGGUAUAUUUUUAUUCAUGCUGAAGGAGGACUAAAUCAGCAACGCAUAGCUAUAUGUAAUGCUGUUGCUAUUGCUAAGAUAAUGAGUGCAACGCUUAUUUUGCCAGUUCUGAAGCAGGAUCAGAUAUGGAAAGACCAAACGAAAUUUGAAGAUAUCUUUGAUGUCGAUCAUUUUAUAAACUAUUUGAAGGAUGAUGUACGCAUUGUCCGGGACAUCCCAGACUGGUUCACAGAAAAAGAUGAGCUUUUCACCAGCAUAAAGCGAACUGUGAAGAACAUUCCAAAAUACGCAUCUGCCCAAUUCUAUAUUGAUAAUGUACUUCCAAGGAUCAAAGAGAAAAAGAUAAUGUCCAUUAAGCCAUUUGUCGACAGGUUGGGGUAUGAUAAUGUUCCAAUGGAGAUUAACCGGCUAAGAUGCAGAGUCAACUACCAUGCUCUAAAGUUCCUACCUCAUAUUGAAGAGAUGGCUGAUAAGCUUGCGGCAAGGAUGAGGAACCGAACUGGCAGUGUAAAUCCAUACAUGGCUCUUCAUCUGAGAUUUGAGAAAGGGAUGGUGGGCCUUUCGUUCUGUGAUUUUGCUGGCAUGCGGGAGGAGAAGAUGAUGAUGGCUGCUUACAGGCAGAAAGAAUGGCCAAGGCGCUACAAGAAUGGAUCCCAUCUAUGGCCACUGGCGCUUCAGAAGAGAAAAGAAGGGCGUUGCCCUCUUGAGCCUGGUGAGAUUGCUGUGAUCCUGCGAGCACUGGGGUACACGAGUGGAACACAGAUAUACGUUGCGUCAGGGCAAGUGUAUGGCGGCAAGAACCGGAUGGCUCCCCUCAGGAACAUGUUCCCCAACUUGGUGACGAAGGAGGAGCUGGCGAGCGCGGAGGAGAUGGCGCCGUUCCGGCGGCACGUGACGAGCCUGGCGGCGCUGGACUUCCUGGUGUGCCUGCGGUCGGACGUGUUCGUGAUGACGCACGGCGGCAACUUCGCCAAGCUCAUCAUCGGGGCGCGCCGCUACGCGGGGCACCGCCUCAAGUCGGUGAAGCCGGACAAGGGGCUCAUGUCCAAGUCCCUGGGCGACCCCGACAUGGGCUGGGCCUCCUUCGCCGAGGACGUCGUCGUCUCGCACCGCACGCGCACGGGCCUCCCCGAGCCCACCUUUCCCAGCUACGAUCUCUGGGAGAACCCACUCACGCCCUGCAUGUGCAGGGCAUGACUGACGAGUGGAGCCCCUGAGGUCCUGAACCACCUUCUGGAGCCCUUCACCUACUAGAACUAGUUACCCCUAAAAAAAAACUACUCUCUCCGUCCAAAAAAACAAGUCAUUCUAAGAUUUAAAUUUUGUCUCAAAAAAACAUGUCAUCUUACUCUAUUUAGAAAGUGUAUGCACAUGUAAAAAUCAAUCAGCGCCAAAUAAGAAUAAUAAAUAGGGGCAAAUAUGGUCAUUUUACUUUCUUAUUAAUUUGUCCUAAAAUUCCUAGAAUGACUUGUUUUUUUGGACGAAGGGAGUACUAAACUAGUCGGUGAUGUUUAAAAAAAACUAGAACUAGUCAGUACUCACUAUUCACUGGCCAGUAUGCCAUUGAGCAGAGCACUCUUAUUAGCAGCUAUGCUUCCAUUCCAUUA